CCAGUAACAACAAGAGCACUGAAAUCAAAACAAUACAUUUCAGGAACUCAACUUCCUGAUUUUUACAACUCAGUGCCAACUUUAACCACUGCUGUCUAGGUGUGAUGAACUAACGUGGCUCAGAGACGGAAAGCAGACAACAACUGAUGUGACUUCCAUUGAGGAGCUGCCAAAUGGAAACUGGCUCUACCAGAUCCAUUCCUUCUUGGAGUAUACACCCACACCUGAGGAAAAAAUCUCAUGCAUGGUGCAGCAUGCAACCCUCAUGAAGCCCCUGAUAUAUGACUGGGAACCAUCGCCUGACUCAGGGAGAGAUAAGAUUGCUGUUGGUGCAGCAGGGCUGCUGCUGGGUUUGGUGUUUUCAGUUGCUGGGCUCAUUUACUACAAUAAGAAAUCCAGUGGGCGGGUCAUGGUGUCAACAACCGAGGUUUUAUACCCCGAUGACACACUUUGAGUCGGAGCAGCCUUUUGGAUUUCACUGAGAUUUUGGUUCUGAUUAUGUAAAACGUUGUGGUCGACUUGCUUGUCCUUAAACUGCCGUCUGAGCUUUUCACAGAUGCACAGA